AUGUCGAGCGACAGGAUUCCAGUUGAGGUGUGUAAGGGCAUCAAUGGCCUCGAGAAGAUCGUCCUUCGCGAGGUUCGCGGCAGUUCUGCCGAGGUUUAUCUGUAUGGGGGUCAUGUGACAUCUUGGAAGAAUGAGCAUGGGGAGGAGUUGCUGUUUGUCAGCAGUAAGUUUGACUGCCCUACGCCCAUAUAUUUAGCAUAAAGUUUGGCAGUAGAAAGUGCAUCCUGGUAGAAACUUGUUAAGUAAAGUUGCACUGAACAUUUCUUGGCUAUCAAUCUGUUUAAAGUUUGCAAAUGUUUAAAGUGCGGUUUAAUGGGUUGGGAAGCUGAGAAAAUUGUACAACCGCAAGGUACAUA